AUGCCCGAUACUUGCCCCAAACCAACAGCACAAACCUCUCCCCCCGAGCGUCGUCUCUCCCAGUCAUCCCACCUCACCACAGAUCCGAAGCUCACUCUGCCCGCCACGACGGACCCCCCGUCCUCCACAAAUCCGCCUUCGCCCAAGGUAUGGCUCGUCUUCGGCGCCACGGGGCAUAUGGGCCGUUCCAUCGUCAAGGCCGCACUGCAGCACAAUGAUCUCGUCUGCGCCGUGGGACGCACCUCGGAGACCAGCAUCACGGCCAUGCAGGACUGGUACCCAGCCGCCAACGACCGCUUCUUGGGCCUGCUGUGCGACGUGCGCAUCCGCGAAACCGUUGCCGCGGUGCUCGACAAGACCAUGGCGCGCUUCGGUCGCAUCGAAGUCAUUGCGAAUUGCACAGGCUACGGCGUCAUCGGCGCAUGCGAGGACCAGGACGAGUUCGAGAUCCGCAACCAGUUCGAGACGAACUUCAUGGGCACGUUGAACAUCAUCCAGCUGUCACUGCCCUACUUUCGCGAAAGACAGGAGGGUCGCUACUUGAUUUUCUCGUCAACCUCGGGCGCGCUGGGUGUGCCAGGCCUGGGCCCGUACUGCGCGACCAAGUAUGCGGUGGAGGGACUAAUUGAAAGCAUGCUCUACGAGGUCGAUCAGUACAACAUCAAGCCCACGCUAGUAGAACCCGGCCAUCUCAGGAGGGACGACGUGCACUCGGCAUCAAGUCCUGUGGAGAGCGGCAGUGGCGGUGGCAGGACCAAUGCGAAGCUGAAGCCGCCUGCCGGCCAGACGACGCAAACGCAAACGCAAACGCAUGGUGACGCGGAUCUACCACUAUACGGGCAUUUCAAGGUACUGCGACCAUCAGCUCCGUACUCGAGCGCAGAUGCCCCCGCCAAGCACGCGCAGCGCCUCGUGCAGUGGUACGGCAACAAUCAGCCCACGUCGGUCGUCAAGGCCGCCGAGCUGGUCUGGCAGCUCGGCCACUCCAGCUAUCCGCCGCUGAGAAUGCUGCUGGGCACAUACGCGGUCGAGAGCGUCAGGGACAGACUAAAGAGCGUGACCGAAGAAAUCGAGGAUUGGAAGCACUUGCAUUACCCGGCCAUCGAGGGCAUGGAGGAAGGGGAUGGUGAGAAUCCGGAUAAAGACGGCGAGGGUGACGCGGAAGACGAUGAUGACGAUGGAGACGGCGAUGGCUACGAGGGAGACGAGGUGGGUGAGGUGGAUGUGCGUAGGGAGAAGGGGCAGCUGGUGGACCACGCCAAAGCGGUCAAAGGCGAGGAUGUGGAUAUGAAGGACGAUUGA